GCUUACUUUCUAGGACUUAAUUAUUGUAUUUAACAUUGCAUUACAUGGUUUACAACGUUAGAUAAUAUUUUUACUUUCCGAUAAAUUUGAUACAACGUAACAUACUAAACAAAAAAGUAAUUUAAAUUUCAAAAAGCCACAAUGAUUGGAAUAACAACAGCGCUGUUUGCCAUGGCCGCCUCAACAUUGGUCAUUGCUGCCCAUGACGAACCCGUGCAAUGCAUUCUGGGUGUAUAUCAGAUCAUCGGAAAGGCCGACUGUACGGGCUACAUCCUAUGUGUGUUUGGGAAACCCAUGGAAAUGCCACCUUGUCCUCCUGGCUCGGUGUUUAGCUCCAGCGCCAAAGUGUGUGUUCCUAAAGGUUCAACGUUUGAUGACUGUAUGAAAACAACAGAGGGAAGCGGAGGCCCCAUGACAAUAUCGCCCGAUCGAGGGCAUCUAAGCCCAGAAGAGCGAUGUAACAUUGACGGUGAUGGCGUGUUUCCCCAUCCCACGGAAUGCCACGCCUUCUACAAUUGUAGUGUCCAUAACACACCAGGCAUGUAUCAACCUUUUGAACAACACGAAGAUGAAUGUCCCUACCCCCAGCUGUUCAACACAAAUACCAAACAAUGCGACCAUUUUGAGAAUGUUAAAUGCGGAACCAGGACGGAAUUCAAGGAUGCCUGUAAUUACAAACGCAACAAGUGCUCCAUGUCCCAUUGUAUCCCGUGCAUCUACCAAUUUCCGAAUUGUGAAGGUAAACGUGACGGGAUAAAUGUCGACCCAGUCAGACUAUGGACCCCUUCCUACGCCAUAUGCUACAAGGAACGCUCAGUCAAGACGGACCAAUGCCAAGUUGACGAAAAAGGUCAUCCACAUUUUUUCCAUCCGGACAUGAACGAAUGCGUUCCUUUGGAUAUGAUUCCACAAGAACACGGAGGAAUAAUGCCCGAUUGCAGUACGAGAGAAGACGGGUUUUAUCUGGAUGCUUUUGGGCAAUGUGAUCGUUACGCUCGUUGCCUUGAAGGAAAAUACGUUGGCGCGGUCAAAUGUGCUAUCGGAGAAGUGUUCGAUGAUAUGAAAGGCGCAUGCGCUCCGAAGGAUAAAGCAUGUGGAUACUGUAGCAGACAUUGCUAAUCAAGUUCCUUGCAUGAUAGUCGUGGUGAAGAAGGGCGAAGUUAGAAAUUUCCAAGACCAACAUGAUGUGCGAUUUUAUAUUAAGCAGAUUUAUGUCACGUGAUGCAAAUAGUUUAAUGAAAUGUGGUAAAAUGAGUUUGUUCUAUAGGACAUUCUUAACUACUGCAAAUGUAUGUAUCAUCAAUUUAUUUUCUAUUUUUAUUGCAAGGUGUUUAGUUGAAUUAUUGAUAUUGACGUUACAUGUAUAUUUUAUAGUAUGUGUUUUAUAACCGUCUUUGCAAAAAAGUAUCAAUCAUUGAAUGUGUGCUUCUUUAACUUUGUGUUAUUUAUAUUAAAAUUGGAUAUAAUUAUAACUUAUGUAUCAAUGUGUGCAUCAUGGACAGUGAAUAGAGUAAACAUAAAGGUUAUCCGACAUAUAACAGUUGAAGCGAAACAGAAAUGAAUAGCGGAUUCAAAACAAUAUAUGUUUAAAUACGAUACAUAAUUCGAUCAGUUGUGUUUAUUCUUUAUAAACCUUCUAAACAUGCACAUUUGGGCAGACCCAUUCAAUAAAUUCAAACUUUAAGGAAUGGACUGUGCAAUAGUUUAAUUAAGGACAGUCAUUUUUCAAAUAAUGGACAGUCAGUGUACAUAUACUGGACA